AGUGGAUCAGACCUGAGGCUCUUGCUCACUCCACCGGCAGCUUCCCCACCAGAUGCUUGCCCGUUGGUGGAGCCUGCCCCGGUCACUGGCAUCUUCUCCCGUGAGGACCACAGUUGGACUGUGUGCGAUCCAGGAAACCCACAGACGUGUGAGCUGAGGGGAAGGGACACAUUGGAACCCAGAGGUGACCCUCUUACCCCCAGGGGGAGCCAAGGAGCCAGAGGGGUCCCAGCUUUCCAGAUCCUCUUCUUCAGGCGAGCAUCGAGGACGGUGGUAGACUGAGCUGGACCCUGUCUGAUGGCUUCCUCGAACCCUCCUCCACAGCCUGCCAUAGGAGAUCCCCUGGCUCCCAGAGCUCCAGGCCCCUCCCCCGAGGUGGAGGAGGACUCCGGCGAAGCCUUUGAGUUUGAUGACAGUGAUGAGGAGGAGGACACCAACUCUGGUCUGGUUGUCCCCGGCCUUGCCCCUGAGAGGGACACAGAGCCCUCGCUGAUCUGCUUUGACACCGUCCCCAGCUCAGCAGAUCUGGACCCAGUGGCUGCACCGCCCCAGACAGAGGCACCCACUGUGGUCAGCAAUGGGGAUGCAGUGGGUGCGGCGAUCUCUGGGGUCCGGCGUUCCAGCUGGAAGCGGAAGAGUUCACGUCGUAUUGACCGGUUCACUUUCCCCGCCCUCGAGGAAGAUGUGAUUUAUGACGACGUCCCCUGUGAGAGCCCAGACGCCCAUCAGCCCGGGGCCGAGCGGGGCCAGCUUUACGAGGAUGUGCACCGUGCCGGAGCACCGCGUGAGGCUGAGGACCUAGGCUGGAGCUCCAGCGAGUUCGAGAGCUACAGCGAGGACUCUGGGGAGGAGACCAAACCGGAGGCAGAGCCCACUAAGCACCGGGGGUCCUUCCAGCCCAAGCUUUCUCCAGACCUGACUAGGCUAAAGGAGAGAUACGUCAGGACUAAGAGAGACAUCUUGGCUUUGAGAGUUGGGGGUAGAGACAUGCAGGAGCUGAAGCUCAAGUGCGAUUGUAAGAUGACCCAGCUCAUGAAGGCCGCCAAGAGCGGGACCAGGGAUGGGCUGGAGAAGACCCGGAUGGCCGUCAUGCGAAAAGUCUCCUUUUUGCAUAGGAAAGAUGUCCUCGGUGACUCGGAAGAAGAAGAUAUGGGGCUCCUAGAGGUUGGUGUGACAGACAUCAAACCUCCCGCACCAGAGCUGGGCCCCAUGCCGGAUGGCUUAAGUCCUCAGCAGGUGGUCCGGAGACACAUCCUGGGCUCCAUUGUGCAGAGCGAAGGCAGCUACGUGGAGUCGCUGAAGCGGAUACUCCAGGAUUACCGUAACCCACUAAUGGAGAUGGAACCCAAGGCACUGAGCGCCCGCAAGUGCCAGGUGGUGUUCUUCAGAGUGAAGGAGAUUCUACAUUGUCACUCCAUGUUCCAGAUUGCUUUGUCCUCCAGAGUGGCCGAGUGGGACUCCACAGAGAAGAUCGGAGACCUCUUUGUGGCUUCAUUCUCCAAGUCCAUGGUCUUAGACGUAUACAGUGACUAUGUGAACAACUUCACCAACGCCAUGUCCAUCAUCAAGAAGGCCUGUCUCACCAAGCCGGCGUUCCUCGAGUUCCUCAAGCGUCGGCAGGUGUGCAGUACGGACCGAGUCACCCUCUAUGGGCUUAUGGUGAAACCUGUUCAGAGAUUUCCACAGUUCAUCCUCCUGCUCCAGGACAUGCUGAAGAACACUCCCAGAGGCCACCCUGACAGGCUGUCGCUGCAGCUAGCCCUCACGGAGCUGGAGACGCUGGCUGAGAAGCUGAAUGAGCAGAAGCGGCUGGCUGACCAGGUGGCCGAGAUCCAGCAGCUGACCAAGAGUGUCAGUGACCGAAGCAGCCUCAACAAGCUGUUGACUUCUGGCCAGCGGCAGCUGCUUCUGUGUGAGACGCUGACAGAGACGGUAUAUGGAGACCGUGGGCAGCUGAUCAAGUCCAAGGAGCGCAGGGUCUUCCUGCUCAAUGACAUGCUGGUCUGCGCUAACAUCAACUUCAAGCCCUCCAACCACAGGGGCCAGCUAGAGAUCAGCAGUCUGGUGCCACUGGGGCCCAAGUAUGUGGUGAAGUGGAACACUGCUCUGCCUCAGGUGCAGGUGGUAGAGGUGGGUCAGGAUGGCGGUGCCUAUGAUAAGGACAAUCUGCUCAUCCAACAUGCUGGAGCCAAGAAGGCCACCACUUCAGGGCAGGCCCAGAACAAGGUGUACCUGGGCCCCCCACGCCUCUUCCAGGAGCUACAGGACCUGCAAAAGGACCUAGCAGUGGUGGAGCAGAUCACCCUGCUUAUCAGCACCUUGCAUGGCACUUACCAGAAUCUGAACAUGACUGUGGCCCAAGACUGGUGCCUGGCCCUCCAGAGGCUGAUGCGAGUGAAGGAGGAGGAGAUCCACUCGGCCAACAAGUGCCGCCUGAGGCUCCUGCUGCCCGGAAAGCCGGACAAGUCUGGCCGGCCUAUCAGCUUCAUGGUGGUCUUCAUCACGCCGAACCCCCUGAGCAAGAUUUCCUGGGUCAACAGAUUACACUUAGCAAAGAUCGGACUAAGGGAGGAGAACCAGCCGGGAUGGCUGUGUCCUGAUGAGGACAAGAAAAGCAAAGCCCCGUUCUGGUGCCCUAUCCUGGCCUGCUGCGUCCCCGCCUUCUCCUCUCGGGCCCUCAGCCUGCAGCUUGGGGGUCUGGUCCACAGUCCUGUUAACUCUCCCCUGCUGGGCUUCUCGGCUGUCAGCACUUCCCUUCCACAGGGCUACCUUUGGGUUGGCGGUGGUCAGGAGGGUGCUGGUGGCCAGGUGGAGAUCUUCUCUCUGAACCGGCCUUCGCCGCGCACUGUCAAGUCCUUCCCCGUGGCGGCCCCCGUGCUCUGCAUAGAGUAUAUUCCGGAUCCGGAGGAGGAGGCUGAGGGUGCAGAGGACAGCCGGGCAGCCACUGAUCCCUCAGUCACAGUGCACCCCACUGUCUGCCUCGGAUUGCAGGAUGGCAGCAUCCUGCUUUAUGGCAGUGUGGACACUGGUACACAAUGCCUGGCCACCUGCAAGAGCCCAGGUCCACAGCCCGUGCUCUGCCUGCGUCACAGCCCCUUCUAUCUGCUCGCCGGCCUACAGGACGGGACCCUCGCUGCCUAUCCUCGGACCAGUGGUGAAAUUCCCUGGGACCUGGAGAGCCCUCCCAUGUGUUUAUCUGUGGGCCCAGGGCCGAUUCGCACACUGCUGAGCCUGGAGGAUGCCGCAUGGGCCAGCUGUGGACCGAGGGUCACUGUAUUAGAUGCCACCACUCUGCAGACUCAGCAAAGCUUCGAGGCACACCAGGAUGAGGCGGUAAGUGUCACUCACAUGGUGAAGGCUGGCAGCGGUGUCUGGAUGGCUUUCUCCUCUGGUUCCUCCAUCCGCCUCUUCCACACGGAGACCCUGGAGCAUCUUCAGGAGAUCAACAUCGCCACCAGGACCACCUUCCUCUUGCCAGGCCAGAAGCACCUGUGUGUCACCAGCCUCCUCAUCUGCCAGGGUCUGCUCUGGGUAGGGACUGACCAGGGUGUCAUUGUCCUGUUGCCUGUACCCCGGCUGGAGGGCAUCCCCAAGAUCACAGGGAAAGGCAUGGUGUCUCUCAAUGGUCACUGUGGACCUGUGGCCUUCCUGGCUGUGGCCAUGAGCAUCCUGGCCCCUGACAUCUUGCGGAGUGACCAGGAAGAGGCCGAGGGAUCGCAGGCCGAGGAGGACAAGCCAGAUGGACAGGCUCAUGAAACAACCGUGCCUGCUCCUGACAGCCACACAGCUCGGGAGUUGACCCGCAAGAAAGGCAUCCUACUUCAAUACCGCCUGCGCUCCACAGCCCACCUCCCCGGGCCCCUGCUGUCGGUGCGGGAGCCAGCACCUACUGAUGGCUCAGCUCUGGAACACAGUGAGGAGGACGGGUCCAUCUAUGAGAUGGCCGAUGACCCUGACGUCUGGGUCCGGAGCCGGCCCUGUGCCCGCGAUGCCCACCGCAAGGAGAUCUGCUCUGUGGCCAUCAUCUCUGGUGGACAAGGCUACCGUCACUUUGGCAGUGCUCCGGGUGGCCUGAGUGGACGGCCAGCCCCAUGCAGUGAGACAGACAGCACACUUCUUAUCUGGCAGGUGCCCUUGGCUCUAUAGCUAUCCGCAUUGCUCAUCCAGAGGUCACAGGGCAGCUGGACCACUGCGGACAUGCCGGGACCCUUUUGGCCCACCUGGAUUUCCCUCAGGGACCUUCCCAGGCCACAGGACAGGCCUGGAUUCUCCACCGAGGCCUUGGAAGAGCAGAGGAGAAACCUCUGAAAAAAAAAAAGUUUAGAAUGUUUUGGGGAAGGGUUUUUAGAGUCUUGGGAAACGGAAGGAUACACACAGAGAAUAUGGCCUUUUUGUUUUGUUUUGUUUUUGAAGCAAAAAACAUAAAACCUCACCACUGCCUGCUGAACCUAGAACCUUUUGUUGGGGCUGAGUGAGGCUCCAAGGUGGGCGGGCCCCUCCAGGGAGAGUGUAUGUGUGAGUGUCUGAGCGCGUGACUAUAAAUAUAUAUAUAUAUAUAAAUACGUAUAUACGAUGUAUAUUAUAUGUAUAUAAAUAUGAUCUGUACAUAAUGGGUCUCUGGGAGAUGCUGGAAUAAAAGGCAAGAGAUAUGUGG